UUUCUUAUCGAAGAAUUACUGAAUUUACAAGUCCGUUUAGGAAUAGAAGAAGAUGGAGGUAGCUCAGUCAUGGAGGUUGAAGUUCUCCUUCAGGAAUGCAACCAUAGUUGUAUGUUUCUUGAACGUUCUUGCUGCUCUUCUCUUGCUUCAGGGUUUUCUCUCUUCUUCCUUUUCCAGAAGCAAGAUCUCUGCUUCUCAAUUUAAUUCAGCUCAAAUCAGGUAUAUCAAGGAAUCUGAAGAAAUCCGUCUAGCAAUGCAACCUUUGGAACUGAUGAAGAGAGUGAGGGAAAUUGAGCAAGAAGUAUAUGCACAACCAGAGACAGUCCAACAGAAAGAUUCAAAGCAAACUGCUGCAGUUGAUCUUUCUAAAAGGUUAAAGGAUUUUCGUUCUGCUAAUGAUGCUGCCAGCUUAAAAGCUCUGGAGGAAUGGCGUAAACGGAAGAUGGACCGAGCCAGACAGCGGGAACUAGGGAAAAAUGGAACAGUCACUUCUCAAGCAUGAAGAACUUUUCGAUUUUGAUUUUGAUAAGAAACUUGGAUGUACGGAUCCUCGUGAACAAAUCAAUAUCACGUGAAUCUUACAUGUAUAUGGUAUAUACAUAUCACUACUUGCUUUGAUAACAAAUUAUAGUUUAACCUAUUAUAUUAAGCUUUAUACACUUCCAUAAGAAAGUUUAUCUA